UUUUUCUUCAUUUGUUUGUUUAUUUGUUCGUUUAUUAUUUCUGUCCUUUCGUCAUUUUUUUUACAUCCCCUGCACUCUGAUAAACACCCUGUCAUUCACAGAGGAAGUAAGAGAGGCUUGUGCCCUCCCACUGCCAGUAACAGAGUCAGAAGUGUGAGUCUUUAUUGAGGAUCAUUCUUUGGAGUAUUUUGUAUUUUUACAAAGUUAAUUUCUCAACAAGUGUGUCUGAUAACCUUGCAGAACUGAACAGCACUGUCAGAGAUGUCCUGCCUCAAGUGUCUGAAGUACACCAUGUGUGUGGUGAACUUCAUCUUUUUUAUCUGUGGUGCUGCCAUCUUUGGAUUGGGCACCUAUUUGAUGACAACCUCUAGGUUUGCAUCUCUCCUUCCAAGCUUACAAGCUAUGAAUAUAGCAAACAGUCUCUUCAUCAUAGGAAUCAUUAUUACCUGUGUCUCCUUCCUGGGCUUUCUUGGAGCCCUGAAGGAAAACCGUUGCCUGCUAAUAUCUUUCUUCAUUUUGCUGUUCCUUCUAAUGCUGGCAGAGUUGGCUAUGGCAUGCGUUCUUCUAGUAUUUGAGGGAGAGGUUGAUAAAUUCAUUGAAAAAGAUCUUAAAAAAGGUUUAAAUGGAUCAUUAACCAACAGACAACAAAAUAAAACCACUGAAGAUGACUGGGACACUGUCCAUAAAACAUUUCAGUGCUGUGGGAUCUACAACUAUACAGAUUGGAAGACAUGGGUACCAGACUCUUGCUGCAAGGACGAUCCCUGUUACAAAAAUGUUACAACCAGAUACUGGCCCCAGGGAUGUUACAAAAAGCUAAAGGAAACAUUUGAAAGUAACCUCUUGAACACAGGGAUUGGCGUCAUUGUUGUCUGCAUUAUUGAGGUCUUGGGAAUGUGUUUCUCCAUGACCCUGUUUUGCCACAUCAGUCGUACCGGGUUACAAUACAAGUGAUCAAAUAUUUCCACAGAUCUUCAAUAAUUUUUAUAUAGAUAUAGUAUUAUAUGUGUGCAUAUGUAGUGCCCCCUAUAUGUCUUUUAAGCAGUGGUUCUCAACUCCAGUCCUUGGGGCCCCCCCAGAACAUUUUAGAUGUUGGUCUGUUUUAGAUGGGGGGGGGGGGCGAGGACUGGAGUUGAGAACCACUGCUUUAAGGAAACUAGUUAGCAAAUGCAUAGAUCCAUUACCUGUCAGACCAAUUGCCACAAACAUUGUGUUCACCGUUGGUGGUCCAUGCAGAUUUCAUAAACGUAUUUCUUAUGCAUUCGUUUCCUUUUUGUAAACCCUUAUUAGAGAUGUGAAACUAAAAAACUUACAGAAACUGUUUUUAAAACUCACCCAUUCACAGUUGUACUAUUUUAGAUUGACCAUGACUGACUAAACUUAAAAGGGGAUUUUUAGACGUUAAAUUCACCCUUGUGAAUUCUAAUGUCAAGUCUGAGAGGGCUGUUAUGAAUUAUCUUUACAUGCACAUCUAUCUGUAUUUUACACUGUAUAUAACUUCAGAUAUAAUGUUAAGCAAUGUUGAAUAUGACCUAGUACGUUCUUUUGAUUAAACUGUUACAGAGACUAUAUAUACAUAUUUUUGUAUAUCGAUCGAACAAUGUAAAGCAUUUAUUUUGGUUAUUUCCUUUUUCUUCCUACUUAAGCUAAAUCAUUUGAUUUCCCAGAAUAUGCACAUGGGUAAAACCACACAUGCUAUCUCUUCCUUAUUUAACAAUUUCACCAGUUUGAUAUGACAAUUUCUAAUGCUGAUAAUAUGUUUUAUUGCUCUUUAAAAUAAUGUAAAUGAAAUAAAGUGAAAUGAAGAAUAAUAA